AUGGCGACCAGUGAGCUGUCACCAUGGGGAGGCUGGUGCACGUCACAGUUAAAGAUCGUCCUUCUUGGUGGCAGAAACUCUGGAAAGAGAUCUGUGGGAAACUUACUCCUGGGAAAAGAGGAGUUUGUCACCAAAGAGAGGACCUCCUGCUCCCGGAGGCUGGGCAUGGUGGCCGGACGGUGGCUCACAGUGGUGGACACUCCCGGCUGGUGGUGCGACUUCAGCGCUCAGGACACAUCCGAGCUGGUGAAGAGGGAGAUCAUAAGUAGCGUCUCUCUAUGCUCGCCAGGCCCACAUGUAUUUUUGAUCACGGUCAAGGCGAGCUCGGCCUUCUCGGAGAAGCGCCGGCGGGCUGUGGAGGAGCACGUGGCCCUACUGGGUGAGACGGUGUGGAGUCACUGCAUGGUUGUCUUCACCUCUGUUGACAGGUCCAAACAAACAGGAGCAGAGGAGCAUGUACAAACAGAGGGAAAGGCUGUCCGCUGGCUCAGGGAGAAGUGCAGUCUGAGGUGUCACAGUGUUGUCCUGAGCGAUGAUCCUGAAAUCACAGAGCUGCUCGAGAAGAUACAGAAACUUGUCACAGAAAAUGGAAACAGAGUGUUUGAAAUGCAGGAAAACAUUUUACAGGCGGCUGCAGAGGAGAAGAGACGAGCGGAGGAGAGAGCUCAGCAGAGGUUUCUGAGGAUGAAAAAACACAGAGCUCUCAUGCAAAAGAGGUCGCGACCCAUUACCAAUAUCAGGAUUGUGUUGGUGGGAGCAAAGGGUUCUGGGAAGACUUCAGCACUGAAUACAAUCCUGGGCAGAGACAGCACCCAGCCACUCAGGAGAACAGCUCAGUGUCAGGUUGGAGAAGGAGUGGUGUUUGGGAGACAGCUGACCGUGGUGGACACUCCAGGCUGGUGGAUGAACUACUUCUGUGAGGAGAGUACCAUCUUUGACCAGAGGGAGCUGGUGGUCAGUUUGUCUCGCUGUCCUCCAGGGCCUCAUGUCUUCCUGCUGGUGAUCCGUGUGGACAGAGCCUUUACAGAAACCUACAGGAGAGCAGCACAGCAGCACCUCCAGCUGAUCAGUGAGCACAUCUGGGGUCGUGUCAUCGUGCUGUUUGGUUUCGGGGACUGGCUGGGAGGCACGACCACUGAGCAGUACAUAGAGAGCGUGGGAGAGCCUCUGCGGUGGCUCCUUGAAAGAUGCGGCAACAGGUAUCACAUCCUGAACAAUAAGACUAAAGGAGAUGGAUUUCAAGUCAGAGAUCUGAUUGGUAAGAUUGAAGAAAUGCUGACUGGGGGCAACAGUUACCAAUAUUAUGAAAUAGAGAGGAAUGUGAUGGAACAGCUGGAGGUGAAGAUGAGAGGAGAGAAGGAGAGAGCCAAGGAGAGACUGAUGAAGAAGGAGAAACAAAGGCAGAUGGCGAGGUCUCAGCUGGAGAAGCUCAACCCUCUUCCAGAAAUGAGGAUAGUGCUUGUUGGUGGCAGGAGAACAGGCAAAAGCUCAUGUGGAAACACCAUCCUUAGCAGAGAGUGCUUCGACACUGACAGCCAAACCACUUCCUGCACUGAAAAACGAGGCAAAAUCAGCAGCAAGAUGGUUACAGUGCUGGACACACCAGGGUGCUUCUCUGUGACCUCUGACCUCUUCAUGGCUCCUUCAUCCUGUGCUAUCCUUCUAGUUGUUAACAUGAGCUCCUCAUUCAAAGAUACCCACAGGGAAGACUUGGAGAAACAGCUGGAGGCAGGAGGAGGCCAGAUGUGGAGAAGAGCUGUGGUCCUGUUCAGCUACGGCGACUGGCUGGGCGACACGAGCAUCGAGCAGCGCAUCGAGAGUGAAGGAGAGCCGCUGCAGACACUUGUCGAGAAGUGUGGCAACAGAUAUCAUGUCCUGGACAAUAAACACCGGGGGGAUGGGGCUCAGGUUAAUGAGCUGAUUGAACUGAUGGAGGAGAUGCUGGUUGAAGACAGGCUGGCUCUUCACAGAGGUGACCGUAUGUGGAAACGUGUCUCUGCAGCACAAGAGCAGGAGCCGGACGCAGCGAUUCUGUGUAAGAAGGAUCUAAAUGUGUCCUGUGACUGUGCUGAUGGUCAGAUAGUGGCAGCACCAGUAGGAAGAGCAGGAGGAUGGACUGCACUCACCACCCUGGACAGAGACAGCUUCAUGUCCAUCUUAUCAUCGAUGCUCUCUGGUGAAAGACGACUGAGGUGGACUGCUGCAGGCCAACAGAGAUUAACAGUAAAUCUGCCCAGCUGGUUCCCUGCUGAUGAUCCUCACAGCAGCCUGAGACUGAACGAACGGACCCUUAGGAGGCUCACUGAGUCAGGAGGCCUGCAGCAGCUGAUUGACCAGUGGGGUGACAGCAGCCUGGAGGAGCUGGAAGCCUUUAUAGACGCAUACUUUGAGAUGGUGUGGGAACAAACCAUUGGGCCAUUCCAGCCGACUGAGCUCGACUCUCCUGCCACAGAGCAGGACACUGCGGUCUGGGAGGCAGGAGAGGAGGAAGUGCUCUCAUCCAUAGACAGGAAACUCUCAAAGCUGGAGCUCCUCGAGGAGAUCAGGAGCGAUCUGUCUGAGCUGAGGGAGAGUGUGGAGCACAGCUGGAGGAUCAUACAGGAACUCAGAGACAAAAGUGAACAAGACCCCAAUCACACAUGUUGA